AACGGGCAACGGGAGAGGAAAAAACCUUACGGACACACAGCUAAAACAAACUGGACUGCUGAAAAGGCUGCUGAUGAAGUUACAGCGCAAAGUGUGUAGAAACUGCAGCUUUCACUGCUGUAUCAGCAGGCUGACAUGCGCUGUGUUUAUCAUUGGGUCCAGAUGUAAUAACAAACAAUCAGUAGAAACACUGCAUUUUAAAGUUAAACCAGCCACGUAUUUGUAUCCGUGUGUUACUGUUCUUGGCGUUGUGCGAUACCUACGUAUCCUGCUUGAUCGAAAAAUGUACAAGAAAAUAAGCCUAAAUAGUACUGACGCCCCAUAAGAAGUGCCGAGUUACAGCGGGAGCAUGUCGGAGAUGGCCUUGGAAGGAGUGCGCAUUCCGGGGGCGCAAGGGUACCUGAACUCCCAAACCGACGACGUAGAGCUGCCCGACCUUGACUCGGCAGAGGAGGAGGAGCUGUUGAGAUACUUCUCAAGUAUGAAUGGAAACAGCAGCCUCUCCAGUGUCGCCCACACUGGACGCAUCAAGUGCGAGCCAGUUGGGGAAGAGUGGAGUAAGGAGGACUGUCUGACCCUGCUAGACCGGAUCCGCACCCUGCUGCCUAACGUGGAUGCCAUGAAGUACAAGACCACUGAGUCGCACUUCGACUGGGAGAAGGUGUGCUUCGGGCCCUUCACUGGGGAUAUGUGCAAGCAGAAAUGGCAGAAGGUCUCCACCGAGGUGAGGAAGUACCGAACCAUGACAGAACUCCUUAUCGACGCCAUGGAGUAUGUGAAGAACCCCUAUAAAGGCAAGAAGCUCAAGACCCAUCCAGACUUCCCCAAGAAGCCUCUGACGCCGUACUUCCGGUUUUUCAUGGAGAAACGAGCCAAGUAUGCAAAGAUCCACCCAGAGAUGAGCAACCUGGACCUCACCAAGAUCCUGUCCAAGAAGUACAAGGAGCUGCCUGAGAAGAAGAAGUUGAAGUACAUUCAGGAGUUUCAGAGGGAGAAGGAGUCAUUUGAAAAGAACAUGGCCAGAUUCAAGGAUACUUACCCUGAUCUGAUUGAGGAGAGGAAGACAUCUGAUGUCCCAGAGAAGCCCAAGACCCCACAGCAGCUCUGGUACAACCAUGAGAAGAAAACCUACCUGAAGCUGCACCCCGAUGUAAGCCCGAAGGAGCUGAAGGAUGCUCUGAGGCGGCAGUGGUCUCAGCUCUCCGAUAAGAAACGUCUCAAGUGGAUCAGCAAGGCGCUGGAGCUGCAGAAGGACUUUGAGACGACUAUGAGGGAGUACCACGAGGCUCACCCUGAGACCAACCAGGACGAGCACGUCAAGUCUGUCCUGACCAAGGCUGAGCGGCAGCUCAAAGACAAGUUCGACGGCCGGCCAACGAAACCUCCUCCGAAUGGUUACUCCUUGUACUGUGCUGAGCUCAUGAUCACCAUGAAAGAUGUCCCCAGCACGGAGCGCAUGGUGCUCUGCAGUAAGCAGUGGAAGAUCAUGACACAGAAAGAGAAGGAUAUGUUCCAGAAGCGAUGUGAGCAGAAAAAGAAGCAGUAUGAAAUCGACCUGCAGAGAUUCCUGGAGAGCCUGCCAGAGGAGGAGAGGGACCGGGUGCUGACGGAGGAAAAGCUGGGGGGCUCCAGAAUGUUGCUUGGAAAUUCGGCCAGCCCCCUGCGAGGCAAAUCCACAACUGCCAAGAUGAAGCUGAGCGAUGUGGACCGGACACGUGCAGACCAGGAGCAGAGGGUGCAGAACCUCCUGAAGGAGAAGCGUGACGGUAAGAGGAAGGUGCGCCUGCCCGAGACCCCCAAGACAGCCGAUGAGAUGUGGCAGCAGAGCGUCAUCGGGGACUACCUGGCCAAGUACCGGAACGAUCGGAAGAAGGCUCAGUCCGCCAUGGAAUCGGCCUGGAAAGCCAUGGAGAAGAAGGAGAAAAUUCCUUGGAUUAAAAAGGCAGCCGAGGACCAGAAGAGAUAUGAGAGAGAGCUGAUGGAGAUAAUGACACCUCUGUCGGCCCAAACCCAGAGGAAACCCAAGUUCGACGGAGAGCCAAAGAAACCCCCCGUGAGCGGCUACCAGAUGUUCUCUCAGGAGCUGCUGACUAACGGGGAGCUGAACCACUUCAACCUGAAGGAGCGCAUGGUGGAGAUCGGCAAGCGCUGGCACAAACUCAACCAGAACCAGAAAGACAAGUACAAGAAGCUGGUGGAAGAGCAGCAGAUAGAGUACAAGGCUGAACUUGAGGCCUGGGUCAAGUCUCUUUCACCUCAAGAACGGGCCAUUUACAAGGAAUUCUCUGCAGUGAAACGACGGAACUCCUCCAAGGCAGGCGGGCCAGCUGCCAAAGUGCUGGUGACUGGGAGGGGCAAGGCGCUAGUCAGUGCCAGAGCUCCAGGACUGGGGGCUGGAGAGGGCAAGAAAGCGGUAGCAUACAGGGCACAGGAUACGUCUGACUCGGAGGAAGAGGAAGAAGAGAAAUCUGACUCUUCUGAUUCGGAGGAGGAAGAGGACUCAACUGGCAGCUCAGACAGUGAUGAGGAGGAAGACGAGAAUGAUGAAGACGAUGAGGAGGAAGAUGAUGACAAUGAGGAUGAAGAAGGCGACCAAUCAGAAGCCAGCAGUAGCUCAUCUUCAGAGGACAGCUCAGACUCGGAUUCUGAUUAACCCCUGGUGUUCUGCAGAGGGCAGGGGGACUGUGCAGGACACAUUGGGAGCCCCCCCUCCCCCCUCCCAGAGACGUUGUUACUGCCUGGUUUCCCGGGGGCUGGUUGUGUUGUAACCUGACUCUCGUUGCCCUCUUUACCCUCGCCCCCUUCUUGGACUGUAAGUGAUUGGCCGCAGGCUGGCGGGGGCCCCAGGGCAUGGGUUUUGAAGACUUUGUUUUCUUCAAUUUCUGUUUUAAGGACACAUUUGUGUGUUUUGUUGGGGUUUUUUUGUAUUAACUUCAUAGAUGUGCUUUAUGGAAACUUAAAAGAAACCAGCCAUUGAUGACCAGUUCUACUUACUUUCCCCAGAAAUAUAUAAUAUUUUAUGCUGGGAAAUUUAAGGGUAAAUGAAGGACGAAAGACCCACGGGCUAAAUCCGGCCUAUGUAGUGUGUUUGUUUUAUUAAUAGUUUUUAUGUACAGGAGUGCAGUCCAUACCCAUCUCUUUUGUCUGGCCACAGCUGCAUGCACCCUUUAAAAUCAUAUAAAUUCCUAUCAACCCUGUGGAAAGAGAUUGUCACUUAAAGCAAAGUACACGUGGGCUAUAUUGCAUGUUUUUAUUUUACCAGCAACUGAUUUAAUAUACACAUUGUUUUACUGUUAUCUGGCCCACAAAAUAAAUAUCAAAUGCAAUGUAGCCCAUUUGAGGUUGACACCCCUAGAUGUAAAGCCAAAGUGUUCAGAUGUUAGUUUAAGUUAUUUUGAAUACUUCAAGAUACUGACAGUAUAAAGCAAAAUAUCAAUUUUGGAUAGGUCUGUGAAAAGCAGAAUACAUAUUUAUACUUUCCAUUAAAAUACAUUUUUAUGUAAUUUCUGCUGAUAGCUUUUUUGAUUCUUGCAGUCGUUCUGCGUGGUAACUACUUUGGUUUUAAUGCCAAGUUACGAGGCAUUAGCGUUGAUUUCCUUAUUUGAAAAAUGCUGCGAUCUUUUAAGUUCUGUGUAAGAAGAUUUAAAAAAUGUAACGUUAAGAUAUGCAGAGUUAUGAAUAAUAUGUUAUGUUAUGAAUAAUAUGUUAUGUUAAUGGAUAACAACUUUAUUAACAUAAUUGGAAGAAGCUGAAUAAUAAUAAUAAUAAUAAUAAUAAUAAUAAUAAUAAUAAUAAUAAUAAUAAUAAUAAUAACGGCUUAAUUUAACCAAAAACUUGGUUUCUUUAAUUACACACACACACCCUUGUCAGUUGAUCUCUAAUGUCAAAUCUCAAUUCUGAAGUUGUCAUGCCAGUUUGAAGGACUUACUGUAUAUGGGGUCCAUUUAUUACAUUUAGAUUGUAAUAAAUUAAUAGAUGUAAGCUUUCAGGUUGCCAAUAUCUCAAACAUAAUAUAGUUUAAUCUCUUGAAGCAUAAGGUGUCAAAACUAAAUUAUAAUUAUACAAUUAUUUCACUUUGUAAGGUUGAUGUUGGCUCUUAAAUACUUAGUGGGUGGACCUAAGAAAUAUUUGUGACUCGGUUUCAGAUUAUUUAACAUUAUGCGGUUUCAAUCUAUGACAUUUGCUGUCUUUCUUUCCAUUUUUCAACAAAUGUACCAUUAUACGCCAUAUAUUAUAGAAUUAAAACGUCUGUAUUGCACAGUAUACAGUUGAGAAUUAGCAGCUAUAAAUGGACACAGCAAAAUAAGCUAACAUGUUGGCAAGUGAAAAAAACUACAAUACAGGAAGAUAAUGUCUCCAGUUCACAGGGGGUUUAUUAAUUGAUGGGGUUUUAUUCUUUCAUCCCUAAAAGUUGUACAUGUUUUUUUGUUUUUUUUUCAAACCAUUAAAUUCAUUUUUUUACACCCUCUAAUUUGUUUUAGUGUCCUGCAAGUCCCCUUUCUUCUGCUGCUCAUGUCACUUUGCUAAAUAAGAUGUGAACUGUUCAUUUCAAAUGACAAUUACUAUAUUGUUAUUAGGUCAUUGUUGACACCCACCUACAAUCUGACUGGGUUGACAAUGAAGAUGUUUUGUCAGUAGCGAUAUGCAUACGCUCCAGAAAAUCAGCAAUUCCCUGUUUAACAUACUUUAAAUUGUUGGAUUGAAUAACAAGUCUUAACAUGUUUAUCACCAAAACAAAGCUUCCUCCGUUUGCCAGACUGCACAAUUGUUGAGUGCCAAUCAACAACAGAGAAAGGCAAAAUGAUUUAAUACAGAACCUGUCCUGAUCAAAGUAACUAAAACAACUCAUUUUUAUCUGCAGUUAUUUGUCUUGCCUUUUAGCUUUGAUCUAAAAUCAUUUCACUUCCUGGUUUUUCACUUUGCUUGUUUCCACAGAAAUGGGUCAGUCUCCAAAGGUAUGCAACAUCUCUGCAGUUAAUUGUGGGAUUGUAGUCCUGGUCAAGAUUAAACCUUAGAUGUAUUUGUUUGUCCAGUUUAAAUCAAUCGCUCUACACACCAUUGAUAAUUCAGCAAUUGAUAAGGUAGGGCAAAGGAAGUCAAGUGUACAUGAUGAAUCAGUGGUACCUGUAUAUGCUAGUUUCACAACAUGGUUUGUGUCAGUUUACAGGACCACCUUCAAUCCGCUUUUAAAUCACUCAAUGUAUUUGCUUACGAUUGUAAGUCGCCCUGGAUAAUAAAUAAUAAUAAGUUCACCCCCAUUGAUUGGUACGAUAUUGCAGCUUUUCUUGUAGAAUUGACAGAUUUUUAAGUCUUUACUGAAAUACCAGCCAACAAAAAUAUGUUAAAGGGAAUUACUCUGAUUUUUAAUUGGCAGAAAGAAAAAAAAACGGGAUACUUCUCACCAAUAUUUAAUCUGUAACUCCAUGAUGCAAUAACCCCAAAGAUCUUCACAUUGUGUUCAGUAAAGAUAGCUUUAGAUUCCAACAUUAUUCAUCCUGAUAAGGAUUUCAUCCAGAGACCAUGCUGGAGCAUUACAUAGCUCAUGGGAAGAAUUUAUUAAAUAGAAAGUUCAAAUGA